UUAAAAAAAAAAUACGUAAGGUUGUCUGACGUAGCACAACAGUUGGAAAAAAAUUGUAGUUUUAAGCAGUUAUUUGUCAUGUCAACUAAAAAUAAUCUAGCUGAAAAUGAGUGGACUAAAGCUGAAAAGGCACCACAAGUGAUUGCAGCAUUAUCAGUCUCUCUCGGAGGAUUAUGUACAGGUACUAUAGUAGGAUGGACUGGGAACAUAUCAAAGGAUCUGGAAAAUGGAAAUUUCAAUAAUAUUCAGAUAAACGACGGCAGUCUGGAGUGGAUAGGAUCUCUGAUUAACAUAGGAGGGAUGCUUUCAUGUAUUGUUAUAGGACCAAUGUGUGAUUUUUUUGGCAGAAAACUGGGAAUGCUGCUUCUGGUCAUUCCUUUUACAUUAGGAUGGCUCCUAGUCAUAUAUGCCAAGAACAUUGAAAUGAUUUACGCAGGGAGGCUUAUGGGUGGUUUUGCAGGGGGUUGCUUUUGCUUGUCGGCACCACUGUACAUUUCCGAAAUAUCACAGAAACAAAUCAGAGGAGCAUUAUCAACUUUAUCCGAACUCUUAUUGGUUAUUGGGAUUUUGAUAGCGUUUAUAAUAGGAUACAUGGUUGGUGCUAAAACAACUGCGAUUGUUUUAGCGACACUACCACUGAUUUUCUUCUUAGUGUUCCUGACACAACCGGAAACGCCUUAUUACCUGCUAAAACACGAUAGAGAAGAUGUAGCCUUAAAGAAUUUGCAAAGAUUGAGAGGAAAAUCUUACGAUGUUUUCAAAGAACUUAAGCAAAUACAGCGCGACAUCGAAGAGGAGAAAGUUCAUGAGUUACCGCUUUUCCAAUCGUUCAAAAAAAAGGAAACAAGAAUGGCGACAUUCCUAUCGAUUGGUCUUAUGUUUUUUCAGCAAGCUUCAGGCUCCGCAGCUUUUGAAACCUAUACUUCCAGCUUUUUUCACGAAGCUCACAUUAACGAAUCAGUAUUAAGUUCGGAAGCAUCGACGAUUGUUAUUGGCGCAUUACCGAUUUUAUCCAAUUGUAUUUCAAUAAUCUUAAUCGACCGUUUGGGGAGACGAACACUCCUUGUUAUAUCAGGUUUUUUUAUGGCAAUAACGGAAAUUCUUCUAGCUAUAUAUUUUACCUUUAGAGAAAGAGAAGUGAUUUCUUCUGAAACCCUUCGCAUAUUCCAGUUUGUACCGUUAAUUUGUUUAGGUAUAUUCAUUAUUUCAUUUGAAAUAGGAUACGGACCUGUAGCUUGGAUAAGUUCUUCAGAAAUGUUUCCAACAGAAGUGAGGAGUCUACUUACAGCAGGCACUGGCGCAUUCAGUUGGUUUAUGGCUUUCUUGAUAACAAAAUUUUAUUUAAAUAUGAACGACAGUUUGGGAAUUGAUGUAACAUUCUACAUUUUUGCCGCGAUUAUGGUCGCCGGUACAGCAUUUCCUUAUUUGUUUUUGCCAGAAACAAAAGGUAAAUCUUUGGUGGAAAUUCAAAGAGAUCUGAGAAAGUAAUAAUGCGGAAAUAACUCACAUUGAUAAUUUGAAACAUAAUUCGAGUGUCGACAAAAAUUUCAUUAUUAUUUUUAAAGAUUGAUCAAAAGAUCAUAGUAAUUCAUUUACAUAUAAUCCUUUGAUCCUUAUCAUUAUACAUUCUACAUAAAUGUAACUCAUUAUGAAUGAUUGAAUGCAAUUAUUUUCUGUUCAACAUUAGAAGUCUUUUAGUUCUGAGGUCGAUUUCUGUAAAACACAUUUUUUUUUUAAAGAAAUAGUUUAUGAAUUGAAUUGGGACAUUUUAUCGAAAAUCAGUGCGAAAUUUAUCAGUAAUAUAAUUAAUUAGUAACUAAUUUUGGUAAAGGUCUAAAUGAUAGUGGGGAGGAUCGAAAGAGGAGG